CGGGUCUCGGGGAGGCUCCCACCGCGGCUGGGAGUCGAGGUACGCGUGGGCAGCCCCCCUCACGAUGCCAGCCUACGGCGCGCGGGCUGAAGGGGCCGCGGGCCGGGCGGCUCCCCCAGCAGGCCCGCCGGGCAGCGUUUGGCGGCCCGGCGGGACGAAGCUGCCCCAGCUCCUUCCAGCCAGGCCCGCCGGGGCCCACUUCCCGGGUGCGCAGCCGCCGGCCGCCCUCCCCAGUCACCGCUGGCUAAUCCCCUGCCGCCCGGUGGAGGCGCUCCCCGCGCCGCUCGGCGGACAGGGGCAGGCGACAGCGGCCCCUCCAGCGCCCCGCAGCGCGCUAGGACCCGGCGGGCUGCGGCCUCCCGCUGCCGGUGUACGCGGGCCAGGAGGGGAGCCCGGCGGAGGCCUACCCCGGCGCCCCUUUCCUUCCCCGCGGCGGGAUGCGCUCGGAGGCGGCGCCGCAGCCGAGCGGCCUGGAGAGGUUCGCCAGCGCCGGCAAGGGCCGGGGGCUGCGGGCGCGGCGGCGCUACGCCGUGGGGGAGCUGCUCUUCAGCUGCCCGGCCUACACGGCCGUGCUGACCGUCAGCGAGCGCGGCAGCCACUGCGACGGCUGCUUUGCCAGGAAAGAAGGAUUGUCCAAGUGUGGAAGAUGUAAACAGGCCUUUUACUGCAAUGUGGAAUGUCAGAAGGAAGACUGGCCAAUGCACAAACUAGAGUGUUCUGCCAUGUGUGCUUUUGGGCAGAACUGGAAUCCCUCGGAGACCGUGAGGCUGACGGCGAGGAUCCUUGCCAAACAGAAAACUCACCCUGAAAGAACAGAGUCGGAGAAGCUGCUUGCUGUAAAAGAGUUUGAAUCACACCUUGACAAACUAGACAAUGAAAAGAGAGAGCUGAUUCAGAACGACAUUGCUGCUCUUCAUCACUUUUACUCAAAGCACUUGGAGUACCCUGACAAUGCUGCCCUUGUAGUUCUCUUUGCACAAGUUAACUGUAAUGGAUUCACAAUUGAAGAUGAAGAACUUUCUCAUUUGGGAUCAGCCAUAUUUCCUGAUGUUGCAUUGAUGAACCAUAGCUGUUGCCCAAAUGUGAUUGUAACAUACAAGGGGACCUUGGCUGAAGUCAGAGCUGUUAAAGAGAUUGAGCCUGGAGAAGAGGUUUUUACCAGCUAUAUUGACCUGUUGUAUCCCACAGAAGACAGAAAUGACCGGUUAAGAGACUCGUAUUUCUUUAAUUGUGAUUGCAGGGAGUGCACAACCAAAGAAAAGGAUAAAGAGAAACUGGAAAUCCGCAAGCUGAAUGAUCCUCCACCAGCAGAGACAGUGCGGGACAUGAUCAAAUAUGCCAGGAACGUGAUUGAGGAAUUCAGGCGAGCCAAACACUACAAAUCCCCUAGUGAAUUACUGGAGAUCUGUGAACUCAGCCUGGACAAGAUGGGUGCAGUGUUUGAGGAGAGUAAUGUUUAUAUGUUACAUAUGAUGUACCAGGCCAUGGGCGUCUGUCUCUACGUGCAGGACUGGGAAGGUGCACUGCGUUAUGGGCAAAAAAUUAUCAGGCCAUACAGUAAACAUUAUCCUUCCUACUCGCUGAACGUGGCCUCCAUGUGGCUGAAAUUAGGGAGACUGUAUAUGGCGCUGGAGAACAGACCAGCUGGAGUUAAAGCCCUGAAGAGGGCAAUUGCUAUCAUGGAAGUAGCACACGGGAAAGAUCAUCCAUACAUUUCAGAGAUCAAAAAGGAAUUAGAGGACCACUGAGCCUUUGAAUCUAUGCAAUCCUUCAAACCUUUAUUUAAAAAGCCUUGUUAUGGAAACCUUCAGGAGCGCUUUGAAAAGCGGUAGAGUAUGAACACAGUUCUGUCCUAUAAUUGGAAUGACAAACACACCUAGGCCUUGUGAAACAUUCCUAGCUUCCACACAUCUACAAUUGCCUUUUUUUUUUCUUUUUUUUAAGGAAGCAUCCAUGGUUUCUUAAAGGUUAUGCCUUUUGACAGCUCCUGUGCAAAAAUGGCCAUUUUUUCUUUAUGGAUUUUAACAUGUAUCAUCUUAUUUGUGUAAAGUAAAUAAAGUGGUCUUGACCCCUCUUAGAUUCCA